CUAGAUGUACACGAUAAAAAUAUUCAGAUGUUUUUGCAACAGGGACCACCCAAUUCAACUCUAAAGAACCACUGGGAAGAGUUUUGGGAAUAGACAGUGCAUUGGAGUGGACUUUCCUGUUUGAGGCCAAAGUUGAUGGACUGUUAGUUCCGCUAAAAAUGAUCCUGUGAUUUUGACAAAGAGCCAACACUAUUCAUAAUCAUUAUUCCACUAAAAUGAUACUCUUUUUACUCUCUACCAAAUCCGAAUGAACUAGUUAUAAAUCAUAUUGUACAAAAUAUAGUACUUGUGUACUCAAGUCUCAAACCUCUCUACGCAUUUUAUUCAUUUAUAUUGAUGAUGUUUGCCUAAAAUCAUCUGGUCAUUGGUAUUCCUUUCAGUUUCUUAAGGGUUCCACUGUCUCAUGUCUUCUGCUUAAAUUGGCAUUUGAGGACAGCAUAAUUCCAUAGGUUUUGCUUGGUUUUAUGAACAGGAUCUUCUAAGCUCACUUGAUGUGCCAGUUUAUAGAUGUUCUGUUGUGUUUUAUAACUGUUGAAUUUCCAACUUUUGGUUUGUUCAAUGUGCUUUUCAGAUGCUCUGAAGAUGACUCAGUUUUAAUUUAGUGGAACCUAAAUGCAUCUUUGGAAUUCAAGAAGCUGUUAGCUUGGAUUUGUUUGUUAUAAUUGUGUCCUUUUAUGAGAAGUAGUUUAAUAUUAUUUUAAGGUGUGGAGUGGUUAUAAUGAUGUGUUCAAAUAUCAACUGCCCAGGUGAAGCUUCUUGUUGAAUGGAAACAAAUAUUGUUCUUUUGGGUGUGUAAGGCCUGAUCUCUAUUUUGAAAGUCAAUUUUCUUCAAAACCACCUUCAGCACAUCAAGAGGGAACUGGCUUCUCAUGCGAUCAAUCAUUUUGGGAGACACACUUUUCCUAUUCUAUGAAACAAAGAAUUCGAUCACAAUGCAAGGAGAUAUUGGGGUCUCAAAAAGUGACGAUGAGGGUGCAACAUGGCAACAUUUGGGUGUUGCCUUGGAUGAGGAAUGGCAUCUUUCGUAUCCAUAUGUCUUUGAGUACCUUGGCAAAAUAUACAUGAUGCCUGAGUGCAGUGGUAAAGGGGAGCUCCGCAUCUAUCGAGCACUUAACUUUCCCUUGCAAUGGACACUGGAGAAAAUUAUUAUUAAAAAACACCUAGUUGAUUCUGUUAUUAUUAAUCAUGAUGGGAAAUAUUGGAUUUUUGGUUCUGAUCACACUGGUUUUGGUGCCAAGAAGAACGGACAGAUGGAAAUCUGGUAUAGUAGCUCGCCAUUUGGUCCCUGGAAGCCACACAAGAAGAACCCUAUUUUUAACACUGACAAGAGUUCUGGUGCUCGGAAUGGAGGCAGGCCAUUUGUGUACAAUGGAAACCUUUAUCGCAUGGGUCAAGACUCCGGUGAAACAUAUGGACGGCGAGUCCGUGCUUUCAAAGUGGAAGUCCUUACCCAGGAUGAGUUCAAAGAAGUUGAAGUUUCCCUGGGCAUAGACGAGUCAAAUAAGGGUCGAAACGCUUGGAACGGUGCUCGCUACCAUCACCUUGAUGUGCAACAACUAAGUUAUGGCAAGUGGAUUGGUGUCAUGGAUGGAGAUCGGGUACCCUCAGGAGACCCAGCUCAUCGUUUUAUUCUUGGCUGUGCCUCAGUUGUGGUUGUUGUCGCAGUUGUUAUACUGUUGGGGUCUCUGGUUGGAGCCGUGAAAUGUAUUAUCCCCCUCAACUGGUGCCCACACAAUUCAGGAAAGAGAAGCGAUGUUUUCCUGACAUGGGAACGGUCCAAUUUGAUGUCUUCUAAGCUUCGACAGCUCUGCAGUCGCUUGAAUAGAGCACCUUUAUUCCUCCGAGGCAUGGUAAAACCCAACUCCAUCAUCGGAAGAUUGGUAAUCUCUUUCAUAUUUGCAGUUGGAGCUGUACUAGUCUGCAUUGCCGUGAAGUACAUCUAUGGAGGCAAUGGUGCUGAAGACGCUUAUCCAUUGAAAGGACACUAUUCUCAGUUCACACUAUUGACGAUGACCUACGAAGCCCGGCUCUGGAAUUUGAAAAUGUACGUGAAGCAUUACUCAAGAUGCUCUUCAGUAGAGGAGAUUGUAGUGGUGUGGAACAAAGGGGCGCCUCCAGAACCGAGUGAAUUGGACUCGGCAGUGCCGGUGAGGAUCAGAGUGGAGGAAAAGAACUCACUCAACAACAGGUUCAAGAUCGAUCCUCUGAUAAAGAACCGAGCUGUUCUAGAGCUUGACGAUGAUAUCAUGAUGAGCUGCGAUGAUAUAGAACGGGGAUUCCGGGUAUGGCGAGAGCACCCAGAUAGGAUUGUGGGAUUCUACCCACGUCUUGUAGAAGGGAGCGUGUUAAAGUACGACGGGGAGCAGUAUGCCCGAAAGCUGAAAGGGUAUAACAUGAUCCUGACAGGAGCGGCCUUCAUUGAUGCCCAACUCGCCUUUGAGAGGUAUUGGAGCAAGGAAGCCAAGGCAGGAAGGAAGGUUGUGGACAAGUAUUUCAACUGCGAAGACUUGCUUUUGAACUACCUCUAUGCAAAUGCCAGCUCUUCAAGGACGGUAGAGUAUGUGAGACCCACUUGGGUCAUCGACACAUCCAAGUUCUCAGGCGUUGCCAUCAGCCGAAACACUCAACUCCAUUACAGAAUAAGAAGCGAGUGCCUCUUGAAAUUUUCAGAGAUGUAUGGUGGUUUGGGGAAGCAGAAAUGGGAAUUCAACGGCCGGGAGAACAGACGGGAUUUUUGACCAGGAAUCCAAUCGAUUAUUCACCAUAGCCACAGGUAGAUUGUAAUAGAAGGUGACAAAAAUUCUUGCAACUUCCAACUUUGUUGGUUCUUUCUCUUGUGAAUUAAUCACUCAAAAUCUCUUAGAGAUGGGAGUACUCUUUAGGAUCCCCAUAGGUUUACAUGUACAUUGGGUUUUCUCAUUUCUGUUAAGUUAUUAAAUCUUGAUGAAA